CGUCAAAUCAAAAUAUACAAGACGUAAAAAAUGAUAAAAACAACUGUAAUAUUGUUAUUCUCACAUUUCUAGCGAAAUUUAUAAAUCUCUAUCACAAUGGCUACGAUGAUUAAAGAAAAAUCAAAAGACAAAAGGAAAAGUAAAGAUAAACACAAAUUAAAAAAAGUUUUCUUACCAGAAGUGCAGCUUGAAGAGCAGGAGCAAUCUAUAUCCAAUGAAACUAUACCAAAUGAAAUAUUACCAGAAACACAAACUCUUACAGAAAUAACAAAUUUUCUAGAUAAAUCUAAUAUAAUUGAAGAAAAUAAAAAAGUAGAAGUAGAGCAAACUUUAAAUGUAACUGCCAUAUCUACUACUGAUGUAAAUAAAGAUGUUGAAACUACGGAAAAUAUUUCCAUCAGGGAAAUAGAAAAUGCCAAGGAAAUUGUGUUACCUUCAGCUCCUUUACUUGAAGAAAAUGUAUCUAUACAGACUUCCUACCUACAAUCUGAAAAACUUCAGGAAAAUACAAAGACAAAGGUCACAUGCUUGCCAUUAGAUGAAGCAAUAAGACUGUUUGGUGGAAAGGAGUUAGCUGAAGUUAGAGCAAUUAGUGAAAAAGAGGAGGCAAUUGUCGAAGCUGGACCUCAAAGUAAACCUGAUCAUCCCUUAAUAGACCUGCUGUCUACUUUUAGAACUUCGUUAAUUGCUGUCGACCGUGAACGCAAUCGCUUAAGCUGUAAAUAUGUCGAAGAGGAAAAAAGUAGAGCUACUCUUUGGAAAGUGGAAAAACGUACAUUAAAUUUAUCGGAAAAGUGUGCUUGUGGGACAAAUGUAAAUUUGAAAGCUAAUUUUGAUGUUGCUAAGCUGGACAGGGAAAGGUUAUCAGCGGCACGCUUGCGAUUAGAGGCUCUAUUGCAAGAUGUGCAGGAUUCCUAUUGCCAUCACCAACAUACAGCAUUGCAAACGCAUUGUGAUAUAGAUGAGGUGAUAAACGAAACGAUACAGAAACCAAAUGAAUAUAUUCGUGAGGCCUUGUCAUUGGUGUUCGAGGCUCUGCGAUUUAGUGACGCAGCGCCCGUCGCGUACGCUGAAGCGCUACAGCGCUGGGCCAGCGUGCUGUCUUCUGUUUUAUUAGAAGAGGAUAAUUUAAGUCACCUGCUGUUUGUUCUACAUAAUCUAUUCAGACAGACGAGGUCAGUCCAGUGGGCGGGGCACGUGCUCAGCGUGCGCGUGCCGGACAUGUGCGCGGCGGCGCGCCUGCUGGGGGUGCUCGAGCUGCUGCUGACUCGGCCCUUGCUCGAGUCGGCGCACGAGUGCACCGAGGACAGUGAAGCGUGGGAGGAGCUUGACGACAGUGGUGAGGGGUGCGCGGUGGGCGAGGGGCGGCUGCGCGAGCGGGACUUGCUGGCUCUGUUGCGGGCGCUGCCUCUGAGGGACUUACUCGCGCGCCUUGCGUUGUUCGGGAGACAGGAUAUGAGCGAGCAAAGUGAGCAGCGGUGGGGCGACCCGUCCGGCGGGCACGGCGUGCUGAAGGCGAGUUGCGGCGUGCGCGCGGCGCUGCACGUGUGCGUGCGGGCGCGCCGCUCGCACGCCGGCUACGCGCGCCUGCGGGCGGGCCUGCGCGCGCUGGCCGCCGCCGCGCUGCACGCGCUCGCCGCGCUGCACGCGCACUCUCGAUCGUCGUACGUAAACGAUUUAGCAGAGAAAAUACCAGCGGAGCUGGAGGCUUGCUUCGCUGCAGGUCUCGCUCUCCUGGGAGAGGAGGCGUACAAGCUGCCGGCCACGCUGUUGAGUGACGACGUCGUGGAAGAGUACUGCAACACGCUUAUUGGUGGCUUGCACGAUAAAUCGGUGCACAUCGCGUCGCUUUCAGUGCAGGUAGAAGCGCUGUCGUGCGGCUUGCGCACGCGCAUCGUCGCGCAGGCCGCUCUGUCCCGCCCGCAGGACCAAGAUCUAGCUAGGACCGUGCUAGAUUUUUUGUUUCAGACGGGAAUUCAUCGCAAACCAUCUUGUAAGGGUCUCUGUGACGUCACCGCGCGAGAGCUCCUACCCAAAUUACUUGCAGUUCAUCCUCACGUUCAUACCCUCGCCUUUCACAUGCUGGCUGACUACAACCAGGUGGAAGCGGACAGUUCACUGUUGGAGCCGCUUUCUCUUAAACAUUGGCGCCCAACAUCGGCCGAGAUUGUCGGCGUGCUGGAUGACUGGGCGAUCAGAUGCCCUCAACUGUUGCAGCAUCUGUUGCUGAACUUGGACUACACGCCGCAUACCGGGGUCGCCCUGGACAGCCAGCUGUCGGCGGGCUCGUGGGUGUGCGAGUGGGCGGCGCGGCGCGGGGCGGCGCCCGAGUGGGCGUGGCGGGCGCUGCGGGCGCUGCGCGUGCACCGCUCGCUGUGGCGCCGGCCGGGCUGCGCGCCGCCCGCGCCCGCCCCGCCCGCCGCCGCGCCGCCCAGCGCGCUGCACGCCGCGCUGGCGCUGCUGGCCGGCGACUGGGGACACUCGGUGCCACUGAAAAUGACUUCUCAACAAAUAGCAGGAGCCAGCAUAAGUGAUCCACCAGAAUUAGCGGUUGUUACCGUGUCAUCAAGAAUACCAGAAUUUUGGUGCGACCAACCGCGACUUUGGUUUGUUCAAUGCGAAGCCAUCCUUGUACCUCAAAAAUUAUCGCGAUUUAACUUAGUUGUCACCAAGUUGGGUAAAGAGGUCAUACAGCAGGUCAGUGACAUAUUGCUUAAACCGCCUGACGUCAAGAAAUACGAUACCCUUAAAGAGCGAUUAUUAAAGGUUUAUGAAGAAUCGGAAAUUAGGCAGUUCCAAAAACUACUGAGUGAAAUGGAACUUGGAGACCAAAAACCUUCUCAGCUUCUACGGCGAAUGAGAGACCUAGCACGUGAAAAAAUUUCGGACGAGACAUUGCGUAUAAUGUGGCAAGGUCAUCUACCUCCAUCAGUUCGAGGUGUUCUAGCAGUCAGUGAAGUGAGGGAUCUUGAAAAUUUAGCUGCCAUUGCCGACAAGGUUAUGGAAACUACACGACCCUUGCAAUUUGCCGAAGUUCAAGCCAAGUCAAGCUCCAGCACCAACGCCAGCACCAGCAGUGACACCGCUUUCAUUAUUGCGGAAUUAGCGAAAUUAAGUCUAAAAAUUCGUAACAUCGAGAAACAAAGGAAUAGACGUGAAAAAUACAGAGGUCAUCGUUCGCGAUCUCGAUCGGCGUCUCGUAUUCGUAAUACGAUGCAAAACAACCCGGAAUGGUUAUGUUUUUAUCAGAUUUCGUCACAGAGCAAGAAAAUGUAUAGAGCCGUGUGCUUGGAAAACGAGUUGACCGCCGUUGAUCUUCUCGAAGACAAGAUAAAACUUGUCCGUGUCCUCAAAGAAUUCAAUGAGCUGGAUUAUGUUUGGGUGACCUUGGCAAUAGUGGAAGGUUUCCACUUCGCGGAAGACCCGGGCGCGGGCGUGCCCCGGUACUUUGUCGAUGAUCUUCACAGCAAACUCCUGCCCCGUGCGUGUGGGCCUGGCGCGGAAGCUCUACUCCAGCUGGCUCAGACUCGUCCGCUGGAUGCGCUGCACUGUGCGGGAUUCAUCAUGAGGGUGAUGGCGCAAUCGCCGGAGUCCAUUUCUUUUACGCCAAAAUUCACAGAAAUAUUUGCAACGAUCCUGAACUUUGGGCCGUCGCUGGUGCAGCGCGCGUUGGGCCAGCGCGCCGAAAGCGGCGCCGACUUGCUGCAGAAGCUCGUGCUGGACCAGCUUCAGGAUCCAGACACAGACGAGGCGGAGCGCAGCGCGCUGCUGCGCGCGUGGCUGCACGCGCUGUGGGUGCCGGCGCUGGCGCCGCGCGCGCGCGCGCUGUUGGACCGCGCGCUGCGCCGCUCGCGCGCCUGGUGCACGCUGGACGCGCACGUCGACGCCUUGCUGCAGGAAGAGUCGGGCAAGGAGUACGUGGGCGACGCCGUGCGGCACGCGGGCGCGGCGCCGCUGCUGUGCGAGUGCGCGCUGCGACACGCGCACGCGCGCGAGCUGGCCACGCACAUGUACGCGCGCCUGCUGGAGCAGCUCGCCCGCCAGCAGGCCGCCGCGCAGAAGAUACACGUCGAUAACGCUCUGAAGCAAAUCGGCUCCUCCCUGUGUGACGACGAGCUCUCGAUUCACCGCUGCGCAUACGCAGUGCUGUCGGUGCCCAUGCAACAUCCCGGUCACGUGCUCCUGUGGCGCCUACUGCUGCACAUGUGGCUGCACCGAAGGUCCGCAUCUGCACCACCUGUUGGACCACUUUUCUUCAGUGGCAUAGUCAAAUCACGCACCCUCGCACAACUGAAGAAACGCCUUCAAGAAACAGCAGCAUAUCAUCGUAACCAGGUUGAUAUUCUCAAGACCGGCGAUAGUGCAACCUCUAGUGCUGCAGCACCAAGCAAAGUUAGAAAGAGUACCCCCCCUCUAGAUAACGAUCUAUUUCAAACAUUAUCUGUAGUAACCGAUUUAAUUGGAAAAUCGGAAUCCGAGCAGGAUUUGACUGUGUCAGAAGGCGAUAGCAAUACUGAGACUAAAAGUGAGAGCGAGACAAAAGGAUAUGAUGUAUUGAACCUUAUCUGUUACCACACUGCGGCAGAGAAGAUGGUUCGUGAAUACUUGAUGUGGCUCGAUGAGGGAGAAAACGUGCGUGCGUAUCCACAUCACGCGGACAUAGCAAGAUAUAUUUCGGAACAGGCUCUCGACGCGGCGUGGCGCGCCUCGCUCGACGACGCCCCGCCCCCCGCGCCGCCGCCCGCGCCCCCCUCGCCGCCCCGCCCCCCGACACACUUCGAGCGCGCCGUGGCGGCCGUCAUGAGCAUCGAGGACGGCUCGCAAAAAAGAUACAACAUGCACACUUCACACAUAUCCAUCAGUGAUUCGGUCUUGGAGGAUCCAUUCUUACUGAUUGAAAUGGUAGAAAAAUAUAUAGAAGAAUUGAAAAAACUUACCGAACAAUGGCAGUCGGACUGCUUCCGCGUGGCGCUACUGGACAGCCAGCUAUGGGAUCUGGUGGAGGGCCUGCGCGUGCGCCGCCCUCUGCCCCCCGUGCGAGCUGCCUGUCCCCAAGACUGCAAGCCCCUUGUCGUACACAUCCCUGAAGACGAAUGGUGUAUAUCUUCUGGAGCGGAACAAGCCAUACACGAGAACAGACGCAGCGCGCGCGCAGCCGUGCGGCGCCUGGCGCGCCCGCGCCCGCACGCCGCGCGUGUCGCCUCGCUUCUGCACUCCGUGGGCAGGUAUACGCCUACAUUCCUGUGUAGACGCAUGUGGAGCGCGCAGACGGGCGCGCGCGCGGCGCAGCUGGCGUGGGGCGCGGCGCCGCGCGCGGAGCCCUACCCGCCCGCGCGGGACGCGCUCGCGGCGCUCGUGGCGGCUGUCGCGCAGCGGUGGCUCAACCACGACAGCGUGCUCACGUCCGAGUUGCUCGCUCGCUGGAGCACCGGCAGCGGCCUGCAGCAGCAGCUGUGCGGGGUCCUGGUUACGCCGGCGCGUAUGCCGGCCAACCACUGGCCGCGACUCUACGGCACGGUGCUGGCGCUGCCUCUUCCCCCCCACGCCAUCUUCAGCUAUUUAUCCAAGUUCGACAUAACCCACUGGGCGGAUGUCACCGACACGUCUUCGAGAAACGAAGUUCUUGAAUCAAUCGUCAAAGCUGCUACGCGGAUAGGCCCGGAGCCCAAAGAGCAAGACUUGGUUUUAGUUGAAAUUCUAGGCGUCCACUCCGCGGCGCUGGUGCGCGAGCACGAACUCUGCGAGCACGUGCUGCGCUGCGCACGCGCGUGCGCCGCGGGCUCGCUGCCGCCGCCCUACUGCGCGCACUUGUCCGCACUGGCGAGCCGCGCACGCGACCUGCACCUGGAACAGACUGGACGACUCCUUCACGAUCUUGGCGUAAUUUGGUGGGAAGCUCGCUCGUCGCCCCGAAAUAAUAGUUCACUCUACGCUGAGUACGCUCCCCACUUCGCAAAUACGUUGUACUCUCUGUUGAAAGAAUUCGUCGCCGCAGCUGUCAGAUGUACUUAUACGCCGGAAAGAGUGGCGUACUGUUCGUGGCCGGUGCUCCAGACAUCGUGGUGUCCGUGGGUGGCGCCACAAAGCUCGCUAUCACAAAUCGACCGCCAGUGCGAGGUGCUUGAGCGCUUCGUCGAAACCAUACGCAUGGUAAUGGAUGACUGUCCAGGGAGCGCGGAGGCCAUGUUACGAUAUACGUGGGAGUGGGCGGCGCAGUGCGCCCUGAGCGAGCCGCGGGCGAGCUGCGCGCUGUUGGCGCAACUCGCCCUCCUGCCGUGGCAAACGCUGUGGCUGCGAGCCGACUGCGUGCCGCUGGCGUUGCAGUUAUGUGGUAUCGCGGAUGAGGAGGCGAGGCGCUGGUUCGGUGAGUUCGUGCGGCACGCGAGCGCGGAGUGCUGGCUGCGGGGCGCGGCGGACGAGCAGGUGUCGCCGGCGCUGGCGGCGCUGCUGGCGCUGUUCACGGCCGCGCGCCCGCUCGUGCCGCCCGAGACACUCGAGGGGGCAUAUCAGUUGCCAUGGCAUAGAUUACCCUUGCCGGCGCUAGAUGCCGCUCUCGAGAGGUACUUCGCCGACCACCACAAUCCCGGCCUACCCUACCACGAGCUACCGCACUUCAGGGUGCUGCUGUGCGCGGCGCAGCUGGUGCGCGGCGAGGGGGGCGCGGGGGGCGCGGGCGGCGCGGCGGGCGCGGCGGGGGAGGCGCGCGCGCUGUGCGUGUCGCAGUGGGCGCGCGCCCUCACCUCGCCCGCCCUCCGCGCGCACGUCGCCGCACACACCCGCUGCUUACUCCAUGUGCUCACUGACCUCGCGCCGUCCGUGGAGGAGGCCGAGCUGACGGAGCUGCUGUCGCGCGCACUGGUCGUGCUGUGCGUGCAGCCCGCAGACGCGAUCGCUUUGCCGGUGUGGGAGCAGUGGGCGUGUGCGUGCGACGCGCACGUUCGCCGUGCGUGCGCGAGCGCAGUGGCCUCGCUCACGGCCAUCGACAGCUUCGCAACGCUCGGAGACACACUCGUCAAGGCUAUUAUGAGCGAGAAAGAGCCGGCGGAGUGGGCGGCGGUGUGGUCGCGCUGGGCGGGGCGCUGCGCGUGGGGCGCGGCGGCGCUGCUGGCGCGCGCGCGCCCGCACGCCGCGUACGCCGCGCUGCUCGCGCGCGCGCACCCGCCCGACGAGCUGCGGGACGUUCUGCGGACGCUGCUCGCUGCCGAUAUUGACUUUGUUCAGAACGAGGUGAUCAUAUCCGUCUGGAUAUGCGUGGCGAGCCGCGUCAGCUGCGGCGCGGCGGAGGGCGACGAGUGCGCGGGGGCGGCGCGCGCGCUGCUCUCGGGCUGGGCCGAGCGGCGCCGGACGCUGCUGCAGCUGGUGACGCUGCAUCCCGCGGGGAACUGUCCCACAGCACAACAGCAGCUGCUGUGUCGGCUGGCGCUGCACGUGCGCUGCCCCAGCGACGCCACGUGGCGCGCGCUGGAGAGCGCCCGCAGCGCGUGCGGCGCGCCCGCCGCCCCCGCCGCCCGCGCGCCGCCCUCCCCGCGCGCCGUGCCGCAGCUCGCCGCCGCGCUGUACCCCGCGCGCGAACACUACUUCGCGCACGAGCUGCGGCUCGCCCCGGGCCAGUAGGCGGAGGUCCCCAAAUUACCGAACCGAACUAGGAAACUAAACCAAAAAUGUUCGCCGACCUCGCGACACAAAAAAUAUUUACGAAUUAUCAUAUCCACGACAGAUACGUUUAAUAGUUUUCUAUUGAAGAGUAAGACUGAGUUGAACCAUUUUAAUAGUGUAUAAGAGAUAAAUUUAUAUUAAAAACGGCAGGAGGAUUUUUAAAGGAAUGAGGAUGUUCGAUGAUCGAUUGUUAUGCUCAAAAUAAAACAAAAAAUGAGUAAAAUAGUGAUGUGACUAGACAUAUAUUUAAAAGAUUAUAUUUUUAUCUACGUACCUUAAUUAUCUU